AUGUGGGAUGUGAAAAUCAGACAUUUGAGGCUAUUAGAUGACGUGAACACGACCAAUUCACCGAACCAACGCCUCCGCCCGUUGUCGUCGAUCGAUCAGGGAAAUGAAAGAAAAAAAGUGAGGAAAAUUGUUGCUAUUGAAAAAAUAUAUCCUCAACAGGCUUUUUUCAAACCGCGCAGAACUCUGUUGCUGUCUGUCACUGCGGCAUACAACAGCCGUAGUGAAGAGGCGGCCGAUCGCGAUGUUGGAAUUACGGAUGACGAAUUGAAGGGUUUGCUGUCGGAACUUGAGUCUGUAAAGAGCUUAAUGAAAUCGACUCUGCACUGCAGGAGCUGUGGACUUCGCGUGUCAAUAGACAAGAAGCACGCGGGCGUGCAGUACUGUGACUGCAAAGAUGGGCAGCCGGCCGAGGAGUCUUCCGACGGUUGGGUCCCAUACAUGGAGGCGGAGGAUGUGAUCAUCUGGCGUAAGGAGUACAAGCCUGGCCAAGGUCUUUAUGCCUACAAAGUGUACGGCCGCUACCCGGACGUGAGGGCGCGCGACUUCGCCGCCGUGCAGCUGGACGGCGCGUACCGCCGCGUGUGGGACGCGGCCGUGGCCUCCCUGGCGGUGGUGCAGAGGGCCGCCAAGGGCGUCGAGGGCCAGGCGGUGCUGCACUGGGAGGUGCUCUGGCCGAGGCUGUUCGCGAACCGUGACUACGUGUACAUCCGGCGGCACAAGGAGUUCGACGCGCCCAACGAGCGGCCGCCGAGCGAGUGCGCGCCCCGCGCCGCCCGCCCCCCGCGCGCCACCGAGCCGGGCUCGAACGUGCACGCGAGAGCGAAACGGCGGUCUAUGGAGAUGUACGCGAGCGAGCGGGACGGCAACAGCGUGCUAGUCGACAACAAGGUGUACAUAAUAGUGUCGCGGUCCUGCGAACACCCGGACGUGCCGCAGACUAAGCACGCGAUCAGAGUGAUGGAGUAUUGGAGCCAUAUGGUGGUGAAGACUGUGCAGGGAUCUGAGAAGCCGGGCAUGGAGUUCGUGCUGACGUACUACGACGAGCCGGCGGUGGGGGGGAUGCCGGGCGGGGUGGCCGCGUGGGCGAGCGGCCGCGCCGCGCCCGCAUACCUGGCGAGGAUGCGUCGCGCCGCGCGGGACUACUGCCAGUGGGCGGCCGGCGCGCCGCGCGAUCGCCAGGAAAUGCCCGACUUCACACCCUUCGACCCGGGCCGAGUCGACGAGCGGAUCGAGGAUGUGGCCGAACAGAUCAGCGAACAGGAUAUGGAGUCGUCGAAAGACGGGCCGGAAAUGGAGACCAGCGAACGGACGAAAGACCAAAGCACCCAAACCGAUGACCUCCAGUUCGCGACGGUGGAUGAAAAAGAAGAUGAGAAGGAAGAGAAGAGAGGAGAAAAGAUUGAAGCCGCAACGAAUCGAACUGAGAACGAAGAUAACAAUACCACAGAACGAAUGGAGGCCAAAGCUGAGAGAAAUUAUGUAGAAGUUAAGAGCAAAGAGAAAAGUGUAGAAGCUGUAGAAAAUAAGAGAUACGAAGAGAAGAACGGAGUUCAAGCGGAGACGGUAACGAACAAUUGUACAGAAACGAAGGAAACCGCUUCUUGUGAGGGAGACGAAAACAAUGGGACUUGGUGGAGAUAUUUGUAUCCGUUCUAUUACUUUGUA